AUGAGUACUUGUAACAAUAUUGUUGACUUGGUUAGAAACAAAAAGGAACUUCUUACGGGUGAAAAAAAGAUGAGGAAAAAAAGUUGUAACAUAGAUAGAAACACUAUAGAUAAUGAAAAUAACAAAUUGUUAGAUAAAAAUAUACUAAUAAAUAAUUUUUUAAACUCAGAAAAGCUUAUAAAAGAAAUACAAUUAUUAAAUAAUAUAUCAUUAAGAAGUGCCACAUAUUUAUUAAAAAUAGAAAUUGAAAAAAUACAAAAAUUAAUUUCUUGUAAUAAUUGGAAACAAGUUCCUUCCAUUUAUAAAAAAUCAGCUGAAAAUAUUUUAUUAAAAAAAAAUGAAUAUAUUAAAAAUUUAAAAACAAAAUUGUUAAAUAAAAAUAAAGCAAUACAAAAUAAUAUAAAUAAUGAUAAUAUUGAUAAUAUUGAUAAUAUUUAUAAUAGUUGUUAUAAUUUGGUUAAUAAAAAUGACGAAAAGAAAUUCUCUAAACAUUUAAAUUCAUCAUCAAGCUCCUCAUCUUUGUCAUCAUAUUCUUCUUUAAGCAAUCCUUCUGAUGAUUCCUGCUUUUCAAAUAAACAAAAUCAAAACAAUUUCUUUUCUAAUAUAAAAUGUAACAACUCCUAUUUUACAGGAAAUGCACAAACAAAAAACAAGUUAGAUAAUCAUACAUCUAAGAAAAAAACAAAAAUAAAUGACAAAAUAUAUGACAAAAUAUAUGACAAAAUAAAUGACAAAAUAUGUGACAAAAAAUAUGACAAAAUAUAUGACAAAAAAUAUGACAAAAAAUAUGACAAAAUAUGUGACAAAAUAUGUGACAAAAAAUAUGACAAAAUAUAUGACAAAAAAUAUGACAAAAAAUAUGACAAAAUAUAUGACAAAAUAUGUGACAAAAAAAAUGACAUAAAAAAUGAUAAGAAUAUUAAAACAUUUAAUGUAAAAGGAAAAGAUACGAAAAUCAUAAAAUUAGAUAAGGAACAUGUAAAAGACAAGAUUAAUUAUAAUUAUAGUAAUAAAAUAAUAAAUUAUAAAGGUAAUUUUUAUGAUAAUAACAAUAAAAAUGAAAUAAAAAAUAAUGAAUAUUACUAUUAUGAUGAUGAACAGGAUUUGGAUAGUUAUAAUGGCUUAUGUUAUACUAACGGGAAGAAUAACAUAUUUUGUUUUUUAAACCCGCAAGAAAAUCAAAAAGAUGAUAAAAUAAAUAUAGACAGUAAUCAUAAUUAUAUGUAUAAUAAUACACAUAGUAAUAACGAUCAUAUAGAUUCGUAUCAUCCGAAUGGAUAUGGUGACAAGGUUAUUUCGUAUGAAAAAAAAGAAGGAAGAAAAUUACAUACAAACAAUCUAAUUAAUAAUAUGGGAACAAUAAAUAAAAGAGAAGAAGAAACAAAAGGCUCUUCUGUUUUCUCUAUAAAUAAUGAACAUUGUGGUACUACAAAAUUUAUCAAGUCAGCAAGUGUAUGUAAUUUUUCUUGUGGUAAUUUAUUUAAAAAUCCAAAAAAAGAUGAAGAUAUAUAUACUAACAAAAUGAUAGGAAGCGAAUGUUUUAAUCUAAAGACAGGUACUAAUGUAUCAAAAAAUACAAAAAAAAUUAUACCAAACUUUGAAAGACAUACAGUUUCCUCUUUUAUAAAAAAUUUAAGUGCUCAAAAAAAUCUACAAGAAAAAAUUAAUAAUCAACAUAUGAUGAUAAAAAAAAAUAUAUAUGAAAAAAAAGAUAGAAGAGCUAGUACAAAUACAUGUUGUAGUACCUUAGGUAAUACUUUUACAAAAAGACAAGUACAAAAAAAUUAUACAAAUGAUAUGGAUGAUACAUAUAAUAUCAAUAAAUUAAAAUGUAUAAAACAAAAGAAUAAUCAUAAAUAUGAAAAUAAUGAAUAUGCAAAUUGUGAUCAUUAUGACGAUUAUAAUAAUAUGAAUACAAAUCACAUGGACUUAAAAAACAGUCAUGAUCAUUAUAUUAAUGAUGAUAAAAUAUUAGUUUAUAAAGAAUUACUAAAUAAUAUUAGGAACAAGAAAAAUGAAAAAUAUAAUAUUAGAAAGAAAUCGAAAUUUUCUAUAGAAAAAAAAAUUGAUCUAUUUCAUAUGAAUUCGUUGAAUGAAGAUUAUUCCUGGGUAAAAAAUUUAAGAAAUUAUGAUCAUACAGGAGAAAAGAAAAAUCAGAAGAAAAACUCUUUACAAAAAAAAAAAUUCAUACCAGGAAGGCAGUCUAAUGUAUUAAAUGAUUCUUAUGAUGAUAAUAGUGGUAUGAUUAAUGAAAAAAAAAAAAAAAAAGAAAAACAAAAACAAAAUGAAAAAGAAAAAGAAAAAGAAAAAGAAAAAGAAAAAGAAAAAAAAAAACAAAAUGAAAAAGAAAAAGAAAAGGAAAAACAAAAUGAAAAACAAACAAACAAACAAAUGAACAAACAAAUGAACAAACAAAUGAACAAACAAAUGAACAAACAAAUGAACAAACCAAUAAACAAACCAAUAAACAAACCAAUAAACAAACCAAUAAACAAACCAAUAAACAAACCAAUAAACAAACCAAUAAACAAACCAAUAAACAAACAAAUAAACAAACAAUGGGACGAACCAAAAUAUACAUCUAUAUCCAAAUUAAACAAUAACCAUACCAACGUAGAACAUAAUAUGAAUAAUAUGGAAUAUGAGGAUUGUAACGAGAAUUAUGCCUCCUAUAAUCAUAGUGAAUGUAAUAUUAUAUAUCCUGUUAUAAAUAAAUCAUUGGAUAUGGAUGUGAAAAAAGAAGAUAUAAAAAAAAAUGUAGAAGAAAAUAAAUAUAUAGAACAUACACAGAAUUUGAAAAAUUAUUUAGAAAAUGAUGAAAAUGAGAAAAAAAAAAGAAGAAAAAGAUCAAAUAAUAAUGACAAUUAUAAUUCUCAUGAUAAUAAUAUUUUUCAAAAUAAUCAUCAUAGUAAUAUAGACAUGUGGUCACAUAAACAUAUAACACUUCCUCGUGUGUAUGAAAAAAAAAAUAAUUCUUUAAUAUACAAUCAUCAAAUUAAUUUAGAAGAUAAAAUACCAUUAAAAAAAAUUAACCAACGUAAAAGUUAUAUGAUCCAAGAAAAUGAUCAACAUAUGAAAUAUUUAUUAAAUAAAAAUGAGGAAGCUAAAUAUUUUGAACUUUUAAUAUCCUCCUCAAAAAAUAAUAUACAACCAUAUGAACAACCUAGUGGUAUUAUGAAUACAUCAAAUAUUGAUCAUAAUAUAGCAGAUGAACAUAUUACUGGAUGUAUGAAUAAUAUAUUUACUAAUAAUAAUAAUAAAAAAAAAAAUAAUAAUAAUAAUAAAAAUAAUAAUAAAAAUAAUAAAUAUGUUAAUAUUAAACUACAAGGUAAUAAACUUAUGUUAAAUAAUGAUUUGAAUAUAAAUAAAAAGGAAUCUAAUAAUAUAACAAAAGAAAAUAAUUUCCACAUUCAUAAUAAUAAUAAUAAUAAAAAACAUAAGCAUAGUUCAAUAAUUAUUAAUGAUAUAAAUCAUAAAUUCCAAAAGGAUCAAGAAGAUCAACAUGUUCAAGUAAAUUCAAUAUUCUAUUUACCAGAAAAAAAUAAUAUUAAGUCCAUGGAUAACCAUAUGUAUAAUAAUACAUACAGUAAUGAACAUAAUAAUUAUAUACAUUCAUUAUCAGACAAUAAAUCGAAAAAAACAAAUGAACAAGUUUCAAACAUUUUAAAUAUAAAUAAAUAUGUUACAAAGGAAUAUUCUCAAAACCAUGUAAAGGAACAAAAUCAACUAUUUCCAACAAUAAAUACUUUCCAAAAUCAUAAUAAUAUAAUAUGUAAUAAAAUAAUACAUGAACCUUUAAAAAAUAUAUCAUUUCAUAAUCAUCUAGCAGAUCAUACAGAUAUAAAUGCAGAUGAAUUUUCAGGUACCAAAACUUUAACUAUCUAUAAUCAUCAUUUAAUCAAAGGAAAUGAAAAUAAUGAUAUGUAUAAAGAUAAUUUUAAUUCACAUGAUAAAAAUAUAACUAAUCCAUUGUCCAUAUCAAAAGAAAAUAAAAAAAAAAUGAAUACCAUAGAUAUAAAUCAAUACAAUGAUAAUGUCGAGUGUUUUCAUAAUUUGAACUUACCUAAAAGGAGCCAUACAACAAUCAUACCAAAUUAUUUACAUAAUAAAGAAAAAAAAAUAAAUAAUGAUAAUAAUGAUAAUAAUAUAAAUAUUGUUAGUACUAAUAACAACCUUGUUCUUUUCAAAAAAAAUUAUCUUGAAGAAGAAAAUAAUAUUGUUAAUAACAAGAUUAAAAAUAAUGAAUAUAUUUUAAGUAAUCAAGAAAAACAAAUAACCAACAUAAAAAAGGAUAUAUCUUUUAACAAAAACAUUUUUUAUCCUGAAGAAGGUAAUUAUAAUAAUGAACAUGAACACACACAAACAUAUAUAAAUAUUAUAGAGAAUAAAAAGUCGAUUCAUAUGAAUGAUGUUAAGAAUUCAAAUAUAAAACAAGUACCUGAACUCUCAUCUAAUAAGGAUAAUUUUAUAAUGAUAAAAGAUGUUAUACAAAUACCAAAACUAAACUUGGACAAUAUUAAAAAUAAAAAGGGAAAGAACUUUAAUUCUUAUCAAAUAAAAGAAACAAAAGAAAUGAAAGUAAUGGAAGAAAUGAAAGAAAUGGAAGAAACAAAAGAAAUGAAAGAAAUGAAAGAAAUGUCACAUAUUCAUAAUAAUGAUGUAUCAUGUGAUAAUAAAAAAAAUAAAGAUUAUUUAAGUAUCACAAGUAAUUUACAUUCCCCUUUUGAAAAUCAAAAAAAUAUCUACAUAUCUAAUGGUAAUAACAAUAAUAAGAACAGUAAUAAUAAUCAGUACUUUGGACAAAGCUUUACUAAUAGAAAUAUCGUCGAUUGUAAAAUGUAUAAACAAAAUAAUAUUAAUCAAAUAAGAAAAUCAAAAACAACAACUAUUAAUUUUGAAAAUACUUCUUCUAAGAAUAUUAAGGAUAAACAUUAUUUAAAUUAUAAAAUAUCAAAUGAUAAUUUGGUUAAUAAUAAAAUAAUAAAUAAUUAUGCUUUCAAAGAUACAAAGAAUAAAUUUUAUAAUUUGGAUUACGACAAAGAAACUGUAUCGAAAACAAGCUGUUUUACUUGUGGAACUACUACACAAGAUAAACAUAUGUAUAAUAAUGAUAAGAACUCUUUUAUUUGUAAUAAUAUUUUUCAUAAAAGACGUCCUAGUAACAUAUUAAAUUCUUGCAUAUUUACAGAGUUGGACGAGGGGUUAAGUAGGACGAGACACAGUGUACAUGAUGAAAAGUGUAAUAUGGAAAAAAAAAAGGAAGACGAUGAUAAUAAUAAUAAUAAUAAUAAUAAUAAUAAUAACAAUAAUAAUAACAAUAAUAAUAAAAGUAAUAACCACAUAAAUAAUAAAAGUAAUAGUAAUAUUCAUAAUUGUGGACAAGGGAAUACUACAAGAAAGGAUAAUUACACAAAACAUCAUUUAUCAGAAAAAAAGAAUGUAAAAAAAUCUUUUACAAGCAUGAUUUUAAACUUUUUUGGAUUUAAGUAUGAUAAUAUUGAAGAAGAUAAGAAAUCAGAAAAUGUAAGUGUACACAUUAUGAAUAAAAAUAAUGAUCAUAUAAUUACGAAUAAUGAAAGUAAAAAUACAUAUAAUAUAUCUACAUAUAUAAGAUCUAAAUCCGCUACUUAUAAUAACAUAUCAAAAAAUGAAAAAGAAAACAAAAAAAAUGAAAUUUAUAUAGUACAUCCAAAUAAUAAUAAAUCAAGUACUAUCAUGAGUUUAUCAAAAGAUUCGACAUUUCCUUUUCCACCUUUAACAUUUAUAAGAAAUAAUACAAAUAAAAAAAGAAUUGCAUCAUAUAAUAAUUCCAUUCAAGAUUUAUCAACAAAUGAAUUCAAAAAUCAAAUCCAACCUAAUACCAAUACAAGUGUACAAAAAAGAAAAACAUGUGACAUUUCUUCAUUAUCGAAAAAUCAAUCACUAAAUCAUUUAUUAUAUAAUAAUAAUGUCAACACACAUGUUAAUCAUUCUAAUAAUAUGCAAAAUAGAAAUAUUAAAAAUUCAUACAACCUUGAAGAAGAAAACACAAAAAAUGAAUUCCUUCAAAAUGGACAUAUGGAUAAAAAUAGUUAUCCUAAACAUGUGAAAUUAUUAUCGUCAUAUAAAAUGAUGGAAACAUUUAACAAUAAUAAAAAUUAUAUUACAAAGUAUGAUACAAAUGGAAAUUAUAACAUCAAAUGUGAGGAUAACAUAAAAGGUGAGGAUAACAUAAAAGGUGAGGAUAACAUAAAAGGUGAAGAUAACAUAAAAGGUGAAGAUAACAUAAAAGGUGAGGAUAACAUAAAAGGUGAGGAUAACAUAAAAGGUGAGGAUAACAUAAAAGGUGAGGAUAACAUAAAAGGUAAAGAUAACAUCAAAUGUGAGGAUAACAUCAAAUGUGAGGAUAACAUAAAAGGUGAGGAUAACAACAGCAGUAUUUAUUACAGCAAUAUCCUUAAUAAUAAUAUAUCUACAAAUUUUAUGAAUAAAAAUGGUAGUGUUAAUACAAAUUAUAUAUCGCAAUCACCUGCACAAUAUAAUAGACCUUAUAAUAUGAACAUAAUUUAUAAUAAUCAUAAUAAUUUUGAUAAUACAAAGGAUAUUAAAAGUGAUGUAAACAUAUCGACACUUUUCAAAGAUUUACAAAAUAAAAAUAAUAACAAUAAUAUUAGUAAUUGUAAUAAUUAUAUUAAUAAUGAAUGUUUCAAAAUAAAUAAAAAAUAUGAUAAUAAUCAUAAUCAUUAUUCAAUAAAUACAUCAGAAAAAAUGUCUUCCAAUUUUUUAAAUAAGAUUUACAAAGAAAAUAAAAAGGAACAAGUAAAUUACAAACCCUCAUAUAUAAAUGAUACUAUAUCUAAUAAAUCAACAAUCGAUUCUCCAUCUAUUAAAUGUGAACAAAAAAAAUUAACAUUAAAAAAAUUAAAUAAUAAUGUAAACGCUGUGAUGAUAAAUAAUAAUUUAACUGUAAAUACACAUAUGGAUAAUAUAAUUAAUAAUGCAAAUGGAUAUUAUAUUAAUCAAUCCAAUAUGCACUCAUAUAAUAAUAAUAAUAAUAAUAAUAAUAAUAAUAGUAAUAAUAAUAAUAAUAGUAAUAGUAAUAAUAAUAGUAAUAGUAAUAAUUUUAUAAAUCAAAAACGAGAUGUUAAUAAUAUGCCUGAACAAUUUUCAAAAAAUAAACACAAUACUAUUAUGAACGGUAAUAAUAAAGAUUAUGUUAUUUUUAAUGAAGAAAAAGAACACUUCAGUAACUUGAAUUUUAAAAAUGAAACCAACCAACAUUAUUUUACAAAAGAACAAUUGUUUCCUUUAAAAAGUGAUCACUUAAAUCAAGCACACGAAAUAAAACACAACGUCAAACAAAUAUACACAACUCAUAAUAUGUUCUGUAAAGAGGGAGAGGCGUAUAAUAUGAUCAACAAAGAAAAAGAAAGUAAAAAAAAAAAUGGUAAGAAAAUAUUUAUGAGGGGGGAUGAAGAGUUAAAAGAUAAUGAAGAGGAAGAAGUAGAGGAAGAAGUAGAGGAAGAAAUAGAGGAUGAUGAAGAAGAAGAUGAAGAAAUAGAGGAUGAUGAAGAGGAAGAGGAAGAUGAAGAAGUAGAGGAUGAUGAAGAGGAAGAGGAAGAUGAAGAAGUAGAUGAUGAAGAAGAGGAAGUAGAAGAGAGUGAUGAAGAAGUAGAGUGUGAUGAAGAAGUAGACGAUGAUGAAGAGGAAGAAGAAGAAGUAGACGAUGAAGAAGAGGAAGAGGAAGUAGAAGAAAGUGAUGAAGAAGUAGAGGAUGAUGAAGAGGAGGAAGAAGAGUUAGAGGAUGGUGAAGAGGAGGAAGAAGAGUUAGAGGAUAAUGAAGAAGGUGAUGAAGAAGUAGAUGAUGAAGAAGAGGAAGAGGAAGUGGAAGAGAGUGAUGAAGAAGUAGAGGUUGAUGAAGAGGAAGAAGAAGAGUUAGACGGUGAUGAAGAGGGAGAUGAGGAAGAGGAUAAUGAAGAAGAUGAUGAAGAAGUAGGUGAUGAAGAAGAGGAAGAGGAAGUGGAAGAGAGUGAUGAAGAAGUAGAGGAUGAUGAAGGGGAAGAAGAAGAAUUAGAGGGUGAUGAAGAAGAGGAAGAGGAAGUGGAAGAGAGUGAUGAAGAAGAAGAAGAGUUAGACAGUGAUGAAGAGGAUAAUGAAGAGGAUGAUGAAGAAGAGGAAGAUCUUGAAGUAGAAGAUGAUGAAGAUGUCGAAGAGGGAGAGUUAGAGGGUGAUGAAGAGGAGGAAGAAGAGUUAAAGGAUGGUGAAGAGAGUGAUGAAGAAUUAGAGGAUAGUGAAGAGAGUGAUGAAGAAGUAGAAGAUGUUGAAGACAACGAAGAAGAAAUACACGAAUAUUAUUGUAAAGAAGAAGACACAGUAAUGAAACAACCCUACAAUACAUUUGAAGAAGAAAAAACUAAUAUAAGCUUCAUUGAUACUCAUUCCAAAAAUAUCCCUAUUUAUAAUAAAUCAAUCACAUCUGUAGAUAAUUUGAAAAGCUUAAAUACUCAUUGUGCAUACGAAUUAUCCCCUAUAGGAAACCAGAAUUUAAAAUCAUGUACUAUGAUCUAUAAAGAUGAUAAGGAAGAAAAUAAGGAAUCAUAUGAAAAGAAUGAUAAGAAAACAAUUACAUUAAAUACCUUAAAUUUAAAAGAAUUAAGAAAUGAACAAGAAAAUGUAUUUAACAAAAAUGAUAUUCAACAAAAGGAAGAUAAAAAUAAAAAUAUCUUUAAAUAUAGAAAUGAUACAGAAAAUAGUAUGUCAUUAAAAAAAACAAUAAGUGAUUGUGAAAUGUCUAAAUCACAAAAUACUUUGACAGAUGAAGAAAAUUAUGAUUCCAAUUAUUAUAUAAGUCAAAAUAUUUCAAAAUAUAAUAUGGAUAAAAAAGAAUAUGAAAAAAAUAAUCAACUAAAAAUGUCAGGAAAAGAUAUUAUGAAUAUAUCAUCCAAUUUGGAUAAAUUAAAUGAUAAAAAAAAUUUUUAUGGCAAUGACAUGUCAACUCAAAAUAGUUCCGAAAAUUUCUCUUCUUUUGAAAAACCAAUGGAAAUAAAUAAUUCAAACUAUAAUCUUUGUAAUAAAUAUUUAAAUCAUGAAAAGGAUCAAAACAUAAAUAGUGUACAUAAUUUAAAUGAUAAUAAUAAUAAUAAUAAUAAUAAAGAGAAUAAUAUAUUAUCUAAAGAUAUAAUAAAUCAUAAUAAUAUUACAGAUAUAUAUUAUAACAAUAAUAAUUCAUACAAAUAUUUUGAUGAAAUUGCAAAAGAAAUGGAAUAUGCUAAAAACAAUAAUGACGAUUUAAAAAAAAAACUACAAGAACAGAUACUUAUACAACGUGGUCUCUUAAAGAUAAAAGAACAACAGCAAGUAUAUUUGGAACUUUUGAAAAAAAAUGACAUAAAACAACAUAAGGAAAAUAUUCAUAAUAUAAUAUAA